AGCAGUGGCCACAGUCCCGAGUCUGCUGGACUGAGAUGAUGACAUGCUUUGUAGCGUUACAGGUGAAUGAAUCUGCUCAUGUGAGCGCUCUUACCUUGUCGGGUUUGUGUGGCCACGCUCUCUAAAAAGACAUCUCAGACCAUGGAGGACGAGCAGGUGCAUUUCUAAACCUGAGCGCGAGUUUGCGACUUCUCUUCGCCACCUGCACGACGGCGCGCGAUACAAUGAAACAGCUCCGGCCGUCAGCGAUAAAACGCGCCCAAAUCACGAGAGCGGAAAAGCGCGAGCAAUGAAGGACUGCAGCAUGCGAAGGUAAAGCAGGAAAAGUUCGUCAUCUAACCGAGGCUCUCUCGUUCAGUGAGUAACCAGGCGGAGAACCAAUGCGCACAGGCAGCCCACUUUCUGCGGGAGCAUAGCACAGUGUAGAAAAGAGUUUAAGCGCUUAGUGUGAAAGAAGGAAAAGUGUAAAUCAUGGCUACAGAGGGAUCCAGCGGCUUGGCGCAGUCUGCCGCGGUUAAACUGUCAGAGAUGGGCGAAAGAACUAAACAGUUAGGCACGGCUAUCCAGGACCCUGAGCGACAAAGGAGGAUCAUUCUAGUGAUUGUCUGUGUGGCACUUCUGUUAGAUAAUAUGCUUUACAUGGUGAUCGUCCCUAUUGUACCAGACUAUUUAGCCCGUCUAGAAAGUCAGUCCGAGCAGUCCCACGACGUGGCACACGCCAAUUCCUCAGACAACAGCACGCAAAGCCGGGUCCAAGUGGAGAACUUUGAUUUGCAGAUCGGUGUCCUUUUUGCAUCCAAAGCCAUUCUACAACUCGUGGUCAAUCCUUUGACAGGGACCUUCAUAGACCGCGUCGGAUACGAUAUUCCACUUUUAAUCGGACUUUCCAUCAUGUUUGCGUCCACCUGCAUUUUUGCCUUCGCUGAAAACUACGCGACCAUGUUCGUGGCGCGCAGUCUCCAAGGGCUCGGCUCAGCCUUCGCGGACACGUCUGGGAUUGCUAUGAUAGCAGAUAAGUACACGGAGGAGGCAGAGAGAAGUCGAGCCCUGGGCAUCGCCUUGGCUUUCAUCUCCUUUGGCAGCCUGGCGGCGCCCCCCUUUGGCGGGGUGCUAUACGAGUUCGCGGGCAAACGGGUCCCGUUCAUCGCGCUCGCCUGCGUGUGCUUAGCCGACGGUAUACUGUGUCUGACUGUGCUCAAGCCAUUCUCCAGCAGGACUAGAGAGAACAUGCCAGUUGGCACCCCAAUUUACAAACUCAUGAUAGACCCCUACAUAGCCGUAGUGGCGGGUGCUUUGACGACGUGUAACAUACCCCUCGCUUUUCUGGAGCCCACCAUUGCGAACUGGAUGGAGGAGACCAUGGACUCUUCCCAGUGGGAGAUUGGCCUAACCUGGCUGCCAGCUUUCUUCCCUCACAUUUUAGGGGUCUACAUCACUGUGAAACUGGCGGCCCAGUAUCCUCAUUUACAGUGGUUCUACGGGGCUCUUGGCAUGGUCAUAAUCGGGGCCAGCUCUUGCACUGUGCCAGCAUGUAAAAACUUCGAGCAGCUCAUCAUCCCCUUAUGUGGCAUCUGCUUCGGCAUUGCACUAGUGGACACAGCUCUGUUACCCACCCUUGCGUUUCUGGUCGAUGUGCGCCACGUGUCUGUGUACGGCAGCGUGUACGCCAUUGCGGACAUUUCCUACUGCGUCGCCUAUGCACUGGGCCCCAUCGUAGCCGGAAAGAUAGUGCAUGACCUCGGCUUUGUGCAGCUCAACCUGGGAAUGGGCCUCGCCAACGUGCUUUACGCACCGGCGCUGCUCCUAUUGCGCAACGUGUGCCUAAUGAAGCCGUCCCAUUCUGAAAGAAACAUGCUGCUGGAAGAGGGGGCUACAGGUCUCUACGACACGAUCAGGAUGGAGGAGCGCCGAGCCAGAAAACACGGGUACAGCACCGCGGGAAACUGCCUGCCUGUGGACGAGAACGGCACGUUUGCUGGAAACCCGAGGUCAUACUCUGAAGAGGAAACGUCCGAACCGGAAUACAUCUAAACUCACACCUCCACUGUUUAAUGUUGGGCAGAUUUCCUGGACACAGAUUAAGGCUAAACACGAUGUUUGAAUGGAGAAUCCUUACUGGCAGUGAAAUCUGCAUCAAAGAGUGUCGACUUAAACUGUGUCUGGGAAAACUUUUAAAGCCUUCAAUGUUGUAGCCUAGCCGUAGAAUUGCAAUCCUUUCAGACUGGUGGAAAAUGUACAACCUACACUUAGAAGGUAUAUGAUGUAUAAGUGUAAGUCAUGACUGUAAGUCUCAUCACAAUUAAACUAUUCGACAUGUUCUUUUUUCUGAAGCUGACUACCGGUUUUAAUCAUAUUUGUGAUCAGUUUUUUUAGUAGCUUAAGCAGUGUAAUGAGUUACCCUUAAUGAAACACAUCUGUAUCGUAUCAGUGUUAUAAAAAUGCAUUCAGGGAUAUAAAUACGGUGUAAAUGCGCACGAAAAUGUGCGCCAGAGUUUCAAGUAGGCUUAAGCUACUGCUGUUCUGCCAGAUUUUGUGCUGCUAUAACUAAUAUGCAAUGUCACUUGACACUUUCAUGGGUUUAAAUGAUGGGUCUCGUGUGUGUAGCCUUUCCUGCGUCUCCACUGUCUGUAUCAUGCAGCCUGUUCUAUUGUUAGAGUUUAUUUCUGGAAUGCGUCUGUGUAUAUUAUGAAACAUAAAUUGUAUAUAAUGUGUAUAUCAGGUGUACAUAAUUAAAAGAUGAUGCUGGGGACAACCUUUC